GAAUGUUAAUUCCUUUGAUUGUCAUGCAUUUCGGUUGACAUUAAGAAGAGAGCCUCCCCCUCGUCAACUUGUUUUCUUCCCUCUGAUUCAUUUUCGUGUCUAUCGAGUCAUUUACGCGUCGAUAUCAUGGAGCACAACAAAGACUCUACCGUGGCCAGCGCGCCUGCUGCUGCUACAGAAACACCUCACAACGCCAGCACUGCGACACCUGCGAACAACAACAUCACCAGCACUGGCACCGCCCCUCCAGCAGGUGAAUCAGUACCCGAGAUCACCACCGAAGUCCAGCCUCCACGCUACGAAGAACACGACAAAGAAGUCACACCAGCACCAGGAGCCACUUCCACGAUGACCUCCGCUCCGCUUGAAAAGACUGCAUGGCAAGGUGCCACACAGACCCCGGCUCCCCAGCCGGGCCAAGGCCUAAUUGCCCAGAGAACAGUCGACCUGAACCAGCUUGGCGAAGAGCCACGCCUAGUCAACUGCCCCUUUUGCCACCACCAGGUCAUGACAAGAGUUCAGAAGGAAAGCACCAGUGCCACCGGGAUGGCCGCGGUUGGCUGUUGUCUCUUCGGCGGCAUCAUCUGUGCUUUCCUCCCUUACUGCAUGGAAAUGUGCCACGAUAGCCACCACUUCUGUACAAACUGUGGGCAAAAAGUAGCCAUUCGGCCGCACGAUGGUCAAGUGCAGAUAUUUUCGCCGCAGAACCCUGUGGUCACAGCACCCGCACACAUCCCGCCCCCUCAAGCAGUUGCAAUGACUCACGAGAACAUGGGCAAGAACUAAUGGUCGCUGUCCAAUUCGCACGAUGUAACUAAUGUGUCUCACUUUUUUUUUUUUUACUUGUCCGGGUAUAUGUUAG